AUGUCUCAUUUCCGUUUAUGCUAUGGAAAGAAUUGUCACCUUCUGGUCGAGCUUGAGCACAAAGCUAUGUGGGCUAUCAAAUUUUUGAAUUUUGACUUGGAAGUAAGUGGUGAGAAGCGGAAGCUUGAUCUUUGUGAGUUGGAGGAGAUCCGAGAAGAGGCAUAUGAGAGUGCCAAAUUGUUUAAGGAGAAGACUAAGGUGAUACAUGAUCGAAAAUUGGUGAAGAAAACAUUUCUUCCCAAGCAAAAGGUUCUCCUAUACAAUUCUAGGCUCAAGUUAUUUUCCGGAAAGUUGAGAUCUAGAUGGAGUGGACCUUUUGAGGUAGUUGAAGUUUUCCUUCAUGAUGCAAUCACAAUCAAGAAUCUUCAAAGUGGGGAGCCCUUCAAGGUAAAUGGGCAUCGAUUGAAACCUUACUUGGACACCAGAUUUUACACUCAAGAGGAGGAGGUCACCCUCCAAGAUGUCCCUUGA